UAGCUUUGAUUCUUUUGUUCUAUUUCAACUGGGUUUCCGCCUGAGCCACUUUAUUAGAUGUAGAUUUUACCUUUAUUUCGCAAUUGGUGCGUAUCAACAACUCUGUCAGUUUUGGUUACGGCUGAUGGAGAUAUUUUUUUAAGACAAAAUAUAAACACGGGUGUAUCAAGUGGACAUCUUAUUCAGAUCAGCUUCCAUAAUUAUGUAUCAAAGCUAUCUAUCAAAGCUUAAAAUAAAGAAAAUGGCACGUGAAGCAUGCAAUAGUCAGUUUAAAAACUUGGCCAAAGUCUAUGAACAAGAUGCUGCCGAAAGUAUAAAGAAAUACGAAGUACUAAAAGAUUUAGAUUUGUUUGUCCUAGACAACUCAAUAAGAGAGAGCACAGUAGGCCAGCUUAGAGGUCACACCAUUGAAAACAAGUGGAAAGUUUAUGACGAAGUUAAAAAAUGUGGAUUUAAGCAUACAAUAGUUGCCUCCUUCAACCACAGCACUCGUGUAGAUGAUGUCUUUAUCAAACAACUCAUUGAAAAAGGAGAGGAUCGUGCAAGUCUUUGGGCUUUCUCAGAAAUAACUGAAGCAAUAAAGAAGAAAGUUCCUGACACUGAACGCAUACCUGUAGGUCUAAGGAAAAUGAAAGAAGCUGGUCUGUAUAACGUUAUCUUCGAAAUCGAUCUUGGAGAUUCUACGUACGAUUUUGACAGAUUCACAACAAAAGAGAUGUGCGCAUUGCUUAAAAAAUGGGUAGACUGGGUUUUUAAAAAUUUGGGUACACAGGCAAAAGUAUUCGUAAGUUUCAGAGACCUCCCAGAUGCUAUGCCAACUGAUUCCGAAAGAGUUUUUGAAGUAACUGAUUUCUUAUGUAAACUACCAUUAUUUGGUCUGAUGUUUGAGGAACCAAGAGGGCAAUCUCUUCCAGAGGAAUGUGGCGCCUGGGCAAAACAUAUACGAAAGGUCAUGAAUGCCAAUAAUUUUAAAGGUCAUCUCUUGGUGCAUGUCCACGAGAAAUUUGGUUACUGUGAUGCUGUAGCUUUGCAGGUACUUAUGGAUGGAGCAGAUGGAAUUUGGGCUAGUGUAAUAAAAGAAGGUGCUGCCAUGGGAAAUGCCCCAUCUAUAGUCACAAUACUUAAUAUGAUUAGAAUGGGAAACAAAAAAGUGCUGAAAAAGUUUAAUUGCACGUACCUGAGAAAAGCAGCAAUAAACAUGACCAGAAUCACCACUGGAGUUGAUCCCCACAUCAAACAGCCUGUUUAUGGUGCACGUGCUCUCGACUUCGUUUUUGAUUUGAAUGCUGAAGAAUUUGAUUUUGCCGAAUUUUUCGAGGAACAAGCUCCUAUUCGAAUAACCACUCUUUCAUCAGCAAAAAUGGUCCAAACUAAGUUAGUCAAUUAUUUUGGCGAGAACGAAGACUUUACUAUAGAGCGAGCCAAUCUAAUGAAGGAAGUCAUGCUAGAAGAUUUACGAGCAAACAGGAAAGAAGAGUAUAUGAGUAAAUGUGGGUUAGCUGUUUUGUUCGACCGAGCUGGGGGAAAACUCACAGAUGAAAUAAGGGAUGAAAUCGCCAACGAUCCAAUGAAGACACCACAUGGACAAAACCUACUUACAGAAAUCCGUGAAAGAUGGGACGAAUGGGACCUGAAAGAUAAAGUUCAAGGUGAUAACCUCCUGGAUUUCGACUCCUUCUACAAUGGUUUCAUGGCCCCAUAUUUUGCCUGUUACAGAUGUAACGAUACCAAAAAAGCGUUGCAGGCCCUCGAUAUGGAUAGCGACAAUUCCGUUGAUUGGUCGGAAUUCUGCGUCUUUUUGAAAUGGGCAAUGAAGCAAUAUCCUAAAACAAUUAUAACUGCAGAUGAUUUACUCGAAGUAGCUUUCCGAAAAGGGUUAAUUCCUUGUAUGAGAGAUGAAAUGGUUGCCAAAAAGUAAAAACGAAAACAAUUACUAAGUAUAUUGUA